AUGGUUCAAUAUCAACAAAUCGAAGAAGACCUGGUAACUGAAGUUUAUAUAAAUUGUUUUGGUUCUGAAGAUGCAUUUUUUGCGAAUCAUCUGAGUAAUUUAUUACAAAUGUAUGAAUGUGAAACUGAGUGCAAUAACAUCAAAUGCCCGAUCAAAAAAAAGGUUUAUCGAAAUUCAUAUUUAUCUUUCAACGUGGUCGAUGGUAAAAUCCAACAUCCGAUCAUUGCUCAAUAUAAGACACAAUUAACAGAAAAAUGUGGUAAUAAAAUUACCAAAUGGUCACCAAGUACUGUUGUACCACUGAAUGCUGAAUUGAGACAUUUGAAGAAGAUAAAAAUACUUGAUACACCUGAAGGCUACGAAGAUGAAUCAAGUAUUUAUGUUGUCUAUGCUGCUCAGCGCGCAUCUUCAGAACCAAAAUUUACGAAUGUUAGUGAUCCAAUAAUGUUAUUGAUUGCAAAUGUUGAAGCAACCAUAACAACAGCUAAUGUUUCACGUGACAUUUACUUAAAAGAUAAAAACGUGGUCGAUGGUACAAUCCAACAUCCGAUCAUUGCUCAAUAUAAGACACAAUUAACAGAAAAAUGUGGUAAUGAAAUUACCAAAUGGUCACCAAGUACUGUUGUACCACUGAAUGCUGAAUUGAGACAUUUGAAGAAGAUAAAAAUACUCGAUACAACUGAAGGCUAUGAAGAUGAAUCAAGUAUUUAUGUUGUCUGUGCUGCUCAGCGCGCAUCUUCAGAACCAAAAUUUACGAAUGUUAGUGAUCCAAUAAUGCUAUUGAUUGCAAAUGUUGAAGCAACCAUAACAACAGCUAAUGUUCCACGUGACAUUUACUUAAAAGAUAAAAAAUACACAUUAAUAGGUGCAACAAGUCACAAACCUGAUCAUUUCAUUGGUAUGAUGGCAUGUAACAAACACAAGCAACAUGCAAUUAUUGAUGACUUAUUGAAGACAACAAAAGGUUGUCACAGUAUUUCACGAGCAUUUUAUCUUCUCUCAAAAUGA